AUGGCUGAUAGUAAUGAGAUUAGUUAUUACGCAAAUCCUUCGUUUAAUCCGGAGGAAGCAGCUUUAGAUUAUUUCACGAAAGAAACGGUCGAUCGUUACAAGAACUAUUCACAUCAGCUAGAACAGACGAAAUAUGAUACGGAGACGGCAUUGAAGGAACAUGUUUUCAACCAUUACAAGGAAUUCAUCGGCAUCUCUGAGGAAAUCGGUAAGAUGGAAGACAGUAUGGGGGAGUUGAAGAAGAAUUUGGACCAUACGAACACGGUGUUACACAACUUAAAGGAUACAACAUUUACAAUCGACUCGGAGGCUACCGAAGGAUUGACAUCCGAAGCUCUCGUCAUUCCCGAGCAUCUUACUUGGAUAAAGACUGUGUGCGAUGAUAUCGAUUUGUACAUAUUUCAGCGCCGCUUCACAGAGGCCGUGGAGUUGUGUAUUCGUGCUCAGAACGAGUUGAUGGCCACGGACAUUUCCGGAAACACAAUGCUGAUGGAUUUGAAAACCAUGUUAUCCGCCAAGGCCGAGAUCCUGACAACCAAACUGGUCUCGGAGCUCUUUUCUCAGGACAGCACGCGAUCGGAUCGUCGUCGCGUCUGCCGUCUGCUCUGCGGUCUGGGCCACGAAUCGGAGGCGAGUCUCCUCUUCUUGGAGCGAGCGAGCGAGGAGAUUCGCACGCACCACCGCUUCGUGAAGCCGUGCGGAGACAUCCCCUCGCUGGUGGAGGGCCUGAGCGACUUGUUCUUCGAGUGUCUGCAAGAUACCGCGGUGAAUUUCGAGACGAUCUUCUGCGGCGGCGAGGGGAAGAAGUCGGUGUUCUGCAUCUGCGUCUCGUGGAUGACCAAGGAGAUCGACCAGUUCAUUCGCCAAAUCAUCCUGCUGGCGAUGAGCAGCGACUCGCAGCAGCUCACCGGCGAAGAAUUCCAGAGCUUCGCCUGCUGCGUCGCGCCGCUCCUCAAGGGAGCCUCCAUUCUGAACGACGUCGGCUGCUCGAUGGACUGCUACGUGAUUCGCGCUAUCGGCGAGAAGGUCCGCAGCGUCGUGGAGCGCUUCCUUGCCUGCUGCAUCGUUCGUCCGCGUUCCCGAAUCGAUUGUAGACGCGAAUUCGCGCGCUGCCCGAGCCGACGACCGACACGGAAAGCGUGCACUUCCGCACUUCGCAGGGCUUCGAGAAACGCGAUCUCUCCACGUACUGCGCCGCGGUGUAUUCCAUUCUCGCGCCGUUCGUUCAGUUCGGCCCGCAGCUCCUCUACUCGACGCUGGUUUCCUAUCUUCGCGAGCCCAUGGAGAAGGCCUUCGCUGCGUUCGCGGUGUUGGAAAGCCGCGUCUACGCGAAGUGGGCGCAAGACAAGGAGAAUCGCAAGCCGGCGACGACCUUCGCCGAUCUUUAUUUCCUCAACACCGAGUUCCUGCCUCUGA